AUGCCCGAACUCGCAGAAGUUGCGCGUAUCGUGCACUUCAUCCGAAAACAUCUCGUGGGCAAGACUCUGGCAAACGUGCAAGCGCAAAAUGACGAUAUCGUCUACGGGAAAGUGGGCACGAGCGCUGCUGAGUUUCAAAAGGCAAUGCAGGGCAACAAAGUCAUCGGUGCUGGCCAGCAGGGUAAAUAUUUCUGGAUCACAAUGUCAAAGCCUCCGCAUGUUGUGAUGCAUUUUGGCAUGACAGGCUGGAUGAAAAUCCGAAAUGCGGAUACAUACUACUACCGUACAACCAACGCGGAUGACAAAGAGUGGCCUCCAAAAUACUGGAAGUUUCUGCUUGAGACAGACGAGAACCCAAAGACAGAGGCCGCGUUCGUGGACCCUCGCAGAUUAGCGAGAAUACGGCUUGUUGAUUGUCCGGCUGAUGAAAUUCGACAAUAUACUCCUCUCAAAGAAAAUGGACCGGAUCCCGUCACAGAUAAGGACAUUUUGACCAUCGAAUGGUUGCAAGAUAAAAUCAAAAGCAAAAGAGUCCCAAUCAAGGCUCUGCUACUUGAUCAAGCCAACAUCAGUGGCAUUGGCAACUGGAUGGGUGACGAAAUUCUGUAUCACUCCAAGAUACACCCGGAGCAAUAUAGUAACACAUUGACGGACGAACAAAUAAAACAACUUCAUACCUCUAUUGACUAUGUCUGCACGACAUCUGUUGGGGUGCUUGCUGAUUCGGAACAGUUUCCUGAAGAAUGGCUUUUCAAACAUCGAUGGGGCAAAGGAAAGAAGAACCAGCCUUCUGUACUUCCGAAUGGCAACAAGAUUGUAUUUCUUACCGUUGGCGGAAGGACCAGUGCCGUUGUACCGUCAGUUCAACGAAAGACUGGCCCAGUGGCAAAGGAGAUCAGCGAUGAAGACUUAGAGGACAACAAGGAAACGAAAGUUGCCGUGAAUGGCAAACGAAAGCGAGCUGCUGUGAAGGAAGAGGAAGAGGACAAGGAUGCAAUAGUCGCACCAAAACGGGCAGCAUCUAGAAGGGGCAACAGAUCUAGCGCAAAAGCUAGCACUCCGAGACGUGUGAAGAAAGAGCGGGAUUGA